AUGCAAAGACUCUCCAAAGCAAUACCAAUUUUCCAACCGAAAGGUUUGACAAAAAAUGUAUUAAAGGCCAGUUCAGCCCAAGAUUUAUUACAGAAAUUAGGAUUUGUCAAAAAAUCUCAAAGCGGAGUGUUUCAAUGGCUACCUCUGGGUCUUCGAUCACUUCGAAAGAUCAAUCAAAUCAUUCGUCAGGGGAUGAAUGAGGGCGUCAAUGGCCAAGAAGUAGCAUUGAGUGUCCUAUCGCCUAAGGAAAUAUGGGAGACUACGAAAAGAUGGAAUAAUAAUGAACUGUUUAAAUUAAAGGAUGCCAAGGGAGCUGAGUUUUGUCUAACAGGAACAUGUGAGGAGGAUAUAACAAGUUUGAUGAAAAACUAUGUUAAUAGCUAUAAGGAUCUUCCAUUGAUGGUAUAUCAAAUAGGUCGAAAAUAUAGAGACGAAAUAAGACCUCGUGGAGGUCUGUUGAGAGGAAGAGAGUUUAUUAUGAAAGAUGGGUAUUCAUUUGCAGCAACGAAAUCAGAUGCCCUAGAACUAUUUAGAGACGUUAAUGUCGUUUAUGAAAGAAUUUUUCAGCAAUUGCAAAUACCUGUUGUGAAAGCAUUAGCUGAUUCUGGAGAAAUCGGUGGAGAUUUAAGUCAAGAAUUUCACCUGCUACAUAACUCUGGAGAAGACACUGUGUUUAAGUGUGAUGCUUGUGACGAAGUUUCCACUAUGGAAAAAUGUGAAGCCAUUCCAGUCCAGGAGGGAAAGCAUUUGGGGAAAGUUGCAGUCAAGUAUGCCCUAACAACAGACCAUUCGACGUUGAUUUGCUUUUAUUUCCCAGAAGGCAGGGAAUUGAAUUGGAACUUGGCGCUAAAAUCGAUGGAUUCUGAUAUCGAUAUACAUUUGAAGGAUGUUCACAAUGACAAGAUAUUAGAAAUAUACAAAGGUGAACUGGAUGAUGAAAUGUUUGCUUGCAUCAUGAGGGUCAUGGAUUCUAGAAUAAGCUCUAGAUCUGACUUUCCCGACUUCCCACUUACAAAAUAUUUAAAGAAUAAUUUCAGCCAACUGGAUGGUGUUCCUUUGGUAAAUGCAGAGGACAACGAAAUAUGUGCAUCUUGUGGGGAGGGGCAUUUACAUGGGAGUAAAAGUAUCGAAGUUGGGCAUACUUUUUAUCUAGGAACCAAAUAUUCGGGACCUCUAAACCUCAACUUUACUGAUAAGGAUAAUAUAAAGAAUAAUACUUUAGUACAAAUGGGUUGUUAUGGAAUUGGCGUUAGUAGAUUAAUAGGUGCCAUUGCAGAAAUCUACAAGGACGAUUUGGGGUUGAACUUACCAAGUAGUAUAUCUCCAUAUCUAGUCUCGUUCUGUGUACCUCCUGGUGAUGCAGAGAGUGGAACUUACGUUCAAUUGAUGAAUGAUUUGGCUAAUAUCUCAAAGUUAAAGAAUGAAAUAAUGACUCAGUUUCCCAGUAAUACAGGUCUUGGUGGUCGAAUAACAUUAUCCCAUAGUAUUGGUAUUCCUCUAUGUGUCAUUGUUGGACCCAAAAGCUGGCCAAAUGUUGAAAUUGAGAUAAGAUCUCCCCUUUUACUAAAACGCAAGGAACCGAAUUGGGUGGGCGAAUAUGCAAUUUUUCAUGAUCAAUAUAACUGGAAUGUCAUAGAAGAAAACGAAAAGCAUCCAGAAAAACAUAUUGUUUCAGCUGCUCAUCUUUCUGAUGUUAUUUCAAUAUUAUUAAAAGGACUUUAA